UUCUCUUCAAUAGAAGUGGAACAAAAAGUUUUUCUUUGCCCUGGACUACUAAAAGGAGUAUACCAGAGUGAACAUUUAUUUGAAUCUGAUCACCAGUCAGGAGCCUGGUGUAAGGAUCCACUGCAGGCUUCUGACAAGAUUUACUACAUGCCAUGGACACCAUACAGAACUGACACUCUGACAGAAUAUUCUUCCAAAGAUGAUUUCAUUGCUGGAAGGCCAACUACAACUUACAAGCUCCCACACAGAGUGGAUGGCACAGGGUUUGUGGUGUACGAUGGGGCGUUAUUCUUCAACAAAGAAAGAACCAGGAACAUUGUCAAAUUUGAUCUACGGACAAGAAUAAAAAGUGGGGAAGCUAUCAUUGCUAAUGCCAACUACCACGAUACAUCCCCUUAUAGAUGGGGAGGCAAAUCUGAUAUAGACCUGGCUGUUGAUGAGAACGGUCUUUGGGUGAUCUAUGCAACAGAACAAAACAAUGGUAAAAUAGUUAUUAGUCAGCUAAACCCUUAUACCUUGAGGAUUGAAGGGACAUGGGAUACAUCCUAUGACAAAAGGUCAGCUUCCAAUGCAUUCAUGAUCUGUGGCAUUUUAUAUGUAGUGAAAUCUGUAUAUGAAGACGAUGAUAAUGAAGCUACAGGAAAUAAAAUUGACUAUAUAUACAACACUGAACAAAGCAAGGAAAGUGUAGUGGAUGUUCCAUUUCCAAAUUCAUAUCAGUAUAUUGCUGCAGUGGAUUAUAAUCCAAGGGAUAACCUUCUUUAUGUAUGGAACAACUACCAUGUGGUUAAAUAUUCAUUGGAUUUUGGACCAAUGGACAGCAGAACAGGGCAAGUACAUCAUGGUCAAGUUUCCUAUCUUGUUCCUCCAAUUCAUCUAGACUCAGAUCUUGAAAGACAAUCAUUUAAAGCAUCAACAUCUGGAGGAACAGGCCUGGGUGGGACUACCACAGGCACAACAACCAGAGUUAUUACAACCAGCACUGUACACACAACCACUAUAUCAGCCCUGGGUAGAAGGAACAGAAGCACAACUACACUUUCUCCAGCUUUGGAUAGUCUGAACGAAAUGACAACACAUCUGCCACCUGCCUCUUCCCAGCUGCCUGCAAUUGGUGCAGAGAGUUGUGAAACUGUGGAAGCUCGUGAAAUCAUGUGGUUCAAGACCCGACAAGGACAGGUGGCUAAGCAGCCAUGCCCAAAAGGCACUGUGGGCGUUUCAACGUUCCUGUGCCUUGCUCCUGGUGGAAACUGGGAUCCUCAAGGGCCAGACCUCAGCAAUUGUUCCUCACUUUGGGUCAACCACAUCACUCAGAAGUUGAAAUCAGGAGAGACAGCUGCCAAUGUUGCUAGAGAACUUGCUGAACAAACAAAAAGCCACUUGCAUGCAGGGGAUAUCACUUAUUCAGUUCGUGCCAUGGACCAGUUGGUGGGAUUAUUGGACGUGCAGCUUCGAAACCUGACACCUGGUGGAAAAGACAGUGCCGCACGAAGCUUAAACAAGCUUCAGAAACGGGAACGUUCUUGUAGAGCUUAUGUCCAGGCCAUGGUUGAAACAGUUAAUAACCUUCUGCAGCCACAAGCUCUCAAUGCAUGGAGGGACCUUCCUGCACGUGAUCAGCUGCGGGCAGCCACCAUGUUACUGGACACUGUAGAAGAAAGUGCCUUUGUGCUUGCAGAUAACCUCCUUAAGACUGAUAUUGUGAGAGAGAGCACAGACAACAUUCAGCUGGAAGUUGCAAGGCUAAGCACAGAUGGAAACCUGGAAGAUCUUAAAUUCCCACAGAAUACUGGCUUUGGCAGCACCAUCCAGCUGUCAGCAAAUACAUUGAAACAGAACGGUCGAAAUGGUGAAAUCAGAGUGGCCUUUGUCCUAUACCACAAUCUGGGCCCCUAUCUUUCCACAGAGAACGCCAGCAUGAAAUUAGGGAUGGAAGCCAUGUCUACUAAUCAUUCUGUCAUAGUGAAUUCUCCUAUCAUCACAGCAGCAAUUAAUAAGGAGUUCAGCAAUAAGGUUUACCUGGCUGAUCCUGUUGUGUUCACUGUCAGACACAUUAAGCAGUCAGAAGAAAAUUUCAACCCCAACUGUUCAUUCUGGAGUUAUUCUAAACGCACAAUGACAGGAUACUGGUCAACUCAAGGUUGUCGGCUCCUCACAACAAACAAAACGCAUACAACAUGUUCCUGUAAUCACUUAACCAACUUUGCUGUUCUGAUGGCCCAUGUGGAAGUGAAGAUAGCCUGUGCUGUGUUUGCCGCUCUCCUGCAUUUCUUCUUCCUCUCUGCUUUCACUUGGAUGUUUUUGGAAGGUGUACAGCUCUACAUAAUGUUGGUGGAAGUCUUCGAGAGUGAACAUUCACGUAGAAAAUACUUCUAUUUGGUUGGCUAUGGCAUGCCUGCUGUCAUUGUAGCUGUUUCGGCAGUUGUAGACUACAAAAGCUAUGGCACUGGAAAAGUAUGUUGGCUUCGACUUGACACCUAUUUCAUUUGGAGUUUUAUAGGACCUGCAACGUUGAUCAUUAUGCUUAAUGUAAUCUUCCUUGGAAUUGCCCUUUAUAAAAUGUUUCAUCAUACUGCCAUUCUGAAACCUGAAUCAGGGUGUCUCGACAAUAUCAACUUUGAGGAUAACAGACCCUUCAUCAAGUCAUGGGUUAUAGGUGCAAUAGCUCUCCUCUGCCUAUUGGGACUCACCUGGGCCUUUGGACUUAUGUAUAUUAAUGAAAGCACGGUGAUCAUGGCGUACCUCUUCACCAUUUUCAAUUCUCUGCAGGGAAUGUUUAUAUUCAUUUUCCAUUGUGUUCUCCAAAAAAAGGUACGUAAAGAAUAUGGGAAAUGCCUGCGUACACAUUGUUGUAGUGGGAAAAGUACAGAGAACUCCAUCGGCUCAGGAAAAACUUCUGGGUCACGAACUCCUGGACGGUACUCCACAGGAUCACAGAGCCGAAUUCGCAGGAUGUGGAACGACACUGUUCGAAAGCAAUCAGAAUCCUCCUUCAUCACUGGUGAUAUAAACAGUUCAGCAUCACUUAACAGAGGAGCCAUGGCUAACCAUCUUAUAACCAAUGCUCUUCUUCGUCCUCAUGGCACUAACAACCCUUAUAACACAUUGCUCGGGGAAUCGGCCGUCUAUAACAACCCUUCUGUCAGCAUGUACAACACACCAGGUGUAGUGGAGUUUCUCUCAUUUUUUUAGUGAGAGUCCCAUGAUGUGCUUUUAUAGACACAAUUUUUCUUUAUUUCUGUUUUCUUUUAUUUCUAAUUGAGCACAAAUAUUUCCCCAUGCAUUUCAUAAAGUCCUUCCAUUUUUUCCAGGCUUUUUUUGGC